AUGCUGAAGGCGGCGGCCCUGGUGUGCGUGUACGCGGCAGCCUGGUGCAGCCCGGCGCUGGCGGCGGCGGCGGCGGCCGGGGGCAGAGCGGACAACGGCAAUUUUCUGGACGAUAAACAAUGGCUCACCACCAUCUCCCAGUACGACAAGGAGGUCGGGCAGUGGAACAAAUUCCGAGACGAUGAUUAUUUUCGCACAUGGAGUCCGGGUAAACCAUUUGAUCAAGCUUUAGAUCCGGCUAAAGACCCCUGUUUAAAGAUGAAAUGUAGUCGUCAUAAGGUCUGUGUUGCACAGGAUCAACAAACUGCUGUUUGCAUUAGCCACCGAAGGCUUACACACAGUAUGAAAGAGGCUGGUUUAGGCCAUAAACAGUGGAGGGGUGGUCCCAUUUCAUCAAACUGCAAGCAGUGUCCAGUAGUUUAUACCAAUCCUGUUUGUGGAUCAGAUGGUCACACAUAUUCUUCUCAGUGCAAAUUAGAAUAUCAAGCUUGUGUCUCAGGAAAACAGAUCUCAGUGAAAUGUGAAGGACGUUGCCCUUGCCCUUCUGACAAAUCCACAAAUGCAGGCAGAAGCGAUAGGAGAGUUUGCAGUGACCUGGAAUUUAGGGAGAUCGCAAACAGGUUGAGAGACUGGUUUAAGGCACUUCAUGAAAGCGGAAUUCAGAACAAGAAGACUAGGAUUGUUCAAAGGCCUGAAAGAACCAGAUUUGAUACCAGCAUUUUGCCAAUUUGCAAAGACUCCCUCGGUUGGAUGUUCAACAGGCUUGAUAUGAACUACGACCUGUUGUUGGACCAGUCAGAACUUGGAAGCAUUUACCUUGACAAGAAUGAGCCAUGCACAAGGGCGUUCUUCAAUUCCUGUGACACAUACAAGGAUAGUUUGAUAUCUAACAAUGAGUGGUGCUACUGCUUCCAAAGACAGCAAGACCCACCUUGCCAGACGGAACUCAGCAACAUUCAGAAGCAGCAAGGAGGAAAGAAGCUCCUGGGACAGUACAUACCCUUAUGUGAUGAAGAUGGAUAUUACAAACCAAGUCAGUGCCAUGGAAGUGUAGGGCAGUGUUGGUGCGUUGACAGAUAUGGCAAUGAAGUAACAGGAUCCAGAACAAACGGUGUGGCAGAAUGUGCUAUUGAUUUAGAGACGUCAGGGGAUUUUGCUUCUGGUGAUUUCCAUGACUGGACAGAUGAUGAAGAUGAUGAUGAUGAAAUAAUGAAUGAUGAAGAUGAAAUUGAUGACGAUGAUGAAGAUGAAGGAGAUGAUGAUGUGGAUGACGACGAUGAUCACGAUGGAUAUAUUUGAUGAUAUUAGGAGGGUGGAUGAAUUGUAUCUUUCUAAAAUUCACAGUACGACAUUUCACAAAAUCCCUUUGCUCUUCAAGAUCAAAAGGAUUCUAACAAAUGUGUAUAUUUUGUAUGAUUAUUUCGAACAUUGCAGCUGGAGUCAUAGACUUUUUUGUUUAAAUAAGAGUAAUUAUAUUAUGUGCUUUUGAGUUUUUAAAUGCCUUUGCGCUGAAGAAAACACAUUGGAAGCGUAGCCUGAAGAAGAAAAUGUUAUGUGCUACUGAACAUAUAAAUGAUAUAAUGUAGAAAAUACACUAUUAAGACCAGUUCUUUUAAAACUUCUGUGAAAAGUUAUUUCCCUUACCUGGACCCUGUGCAUGUCCUCUUCAGGACACUUACUGUAACUUCAGUUGUGUCAGGCACAGCAGGCUUUGCAAGUUGCCUGCUUAACACAAGAAAAACACGGUGCAGGAGAAAAACUUUGAUGCACAAGUAGCAUCUUACCAGCCUUUAAUUAACCAAAGGUAAGGAGAAAAAUUAACAGGAGGGAAAAAUGAACAAAGUCCUCAUUCGUGUUUGCAUUUGGAGUUGUUUUUUAAUAGGAUACGGCUAGGUUCUUGAAGGGAUUUUUCAAAAGCAGUCUCACAGAUGAGCACUGAUUCUGUAAAUUAAACAUUUCCUUGACUUUCUUUUUCUUUUUUUUCACGUCGAGGUUGUCUAGGCUUUAAGGUUAUUUACUCAAACAUUAAUUCACCCUUUGUUAUUUUUCAGUAUGUCUCUCUAAUCAGAUUACCAUAAAAUAGUUAACAUGGGGAAAAAAUUGAGUAAAAUUAUAUUACUUUUAUAUAUGACUGUGUUUCAGAGUAUUGACAGUUGGCCCAACAUAGUUUUUAAGAAGUGCAUAAUUAUACCUUUUAUUUUCUAAAUUCAGGAAAUAGUUUUGCAUCUUUAUCUUAACUCAUGUUGUUUUCUGUUACUAGUGCAGAAACUUAGCGAAAGUAUUGUAAAGGUGCCUUGCAAAAAUAGAGAUAGAGAGACUUGAGCAUGCAUACCAGUAUAGGUUGUUAGGCAAUAGCUGAGCACACCCAAUUACCAAAUUAAUGCCAGUAUAGGUUACUGCUGCUGGAAUGAAGAAAACGGAGUAUUUUUUUUCCUACUGUUAUGUAACUACCAUGUGGAUUAGAUCAUAAUUAUUGUGUAGAGUAGCACUUAAGAUUUGACUGUAGAGAAAAUUUCUUUAAUCACUGUAUUUAUGUUAGCAUGUUAAUUAAUUGUGUAGAAACUUUGGGACUCCACCAUCUUCAUAUCACAUCUAUUGCUUUCUGCCCACAAUAAAGUUGACUUAACCUGUAUAAU